AUGGCUAAGAACAGGAGGAGCUCCGGCGUGGGGUCUUCGGAUCCCAGCGGCGCUGCUGCCGGGCUGUCUAGGAGCGGCAAGCCCGGAGGCGUGUCGGGCCGGCUGGUGAACGUGUUCGAGCAGCUGUGGAACCGUCGCAAGUUCGACAUUCUGGGUCGCAAGGUCAAGGGCGAUGUUCGCGCCAAGUCCAUCGGCAAGGCCAGGAGCGCUGCCGUGGAAAAGAGGAAGGCGACGCUGCUGCAGGAAUUCCAGCAGCGCGGCAAGGCGAACCUGUUUUUGGAUCGGCGGUUCGGCGAGGGCGACGAGUCCAUUCCCGAGGGCGAGAAGGCCAUCGUGCGAUUCCAGAAGGAGCGCAUGGCCCAGCUGAGCCGCAAGAACCGGUUCACCCUCGGAGAUGACGACGAGAGCGAAGACGACGACGGGGGGGACGACGACGGAGGCGGAGGAGGAGGCGCGGGCAGGCGCAGCGGCAGGCGGGCGGCGGCGAGCGAGGACGGCGACUUGCGUCUGACGCACGGCGGGCGCGACAUUGACGACUUUGACGACUCGGACGUGUCUGGGUUCGGGGAGGAUGACGAUGACGACGAUGGAGCACUGGGCGAUCAGAUUGUGAGCGAGUAUCAUUUCGGUGGUGGCUUCGUUCCCAAGGCCAAGUCGGCCACAGACGCACAUCUUGACGCGGCGACAGGGCAAGAGGAGGGAGGCGAGGAGCGGCAGAAGACGAAGCGGGAGGUGAUGGAGGAGGUGAUGGCGAAGAGCAAGCUGUUCAAGGCGAAGCGGCAGGCGGAGAAGGAGGAGGACGAGCACCUCCGCGAGCAGCUCGACGCGGACUUGAUUGCACUGACUCAUUCGCUCAACCCUACCACCCUAGUCACUGCCCUUUUUUGCCCGUUUCUUGUUCCAUCUGGUCAGCUUGACGCGGGGGCGGAGGAGCAGGAGGGAGGAGAGGAGCGGCAGAAGACGAAGCGGGAGGUGAUGGAGGAGGUGAUGGCGAAGAGCAAGCUGUUCAAGGCGAGGCGGCAGGCGGAGAAGGAGGAGGACGAGCACCUCCGCGAGCAGCUCGACGCGGACUUCCGCCAGAUCGCGCAGUCUGACGCGCUGCUCGCGCUCACGCGCGCGCCCAAGGGGGGGAGGGGCGGAAAAGGGGAGGAGAAGGGCGGGAUGGGGAAGGAGAAGGCGGGAGCGGGAGAAGGGAAGGCUGCCGCUGCCGCUGCAGCUGCUGCUGCGUCCGUUGGUGCUAUUGCUGGGACGGCUGGUGCUGGUUCUGCUAAGGCGCCCGGUGCUGGGAGCUCGCUGCUGGCUGCAGACGUGGCUGAAGAGGAGAUGGACGACAAGCAGUACGACAUGUUGGCGAGGGAGAUGGUGUUUGACAUCCGCGCCAAGCCCGGGGAACGCACCAAGACAGCAGAGGAGGCGGCAGAGGCGGAGAGGGCGCGACUGGUGAAGCUGGAGGCUGCAAGGAAGCGGCGUAUGGAUGGGGAACCUAGUGACGACGAGGAGGAGGGAGAGGAAGGGGAGGAGGGGUCUAGUGAGGAGGAGGGCGGGAAGGGGAGGAAGAGGCGGCAGAGGAAGAAGGUAAAGCGGGAGAUCUCUGGGGACGAUUUGGGGGAGAAUUUCGUUUUGGAGGCAGAUGAGGAGGAAGAGGAGGAGAAGAAGGGGUGGGUGUAUGAUGUGUUGGGUCAGAAGGAGGAGGAGAGUGAGGAUGAGAGUGGGAGUGAGGGGGAAGAGGAUGAGGAGGAGGAUGAGGAGGAGGAUGGGGCGGAGAAUCUAGCUGACGUGGAUUGGGAGCAGAGUGACGAGGAGAUUGGAGGAGAGAGGUUGAAGGGGAAGCGAGGGUCUAUGAGGGAUGGGGCGGUGAAGCCAGGAGGAGGGGAGGAGAGCGAGGAGGAGGAGGAAGGAGAGGAGAGGGAGGAAGGGGAGGAGAGUGAUGAGGAGGAAGAAGCGGAGGAAGAGAAAGAGGAGGAGAAGCAGAAUUCAGAGGAGAGAAAGGCAGCAGAAGCAGCAGCAGCAGCAGCAGCAGCAGAAGCAGAAGCAGCAGCAGAGCAGGAGGAGCAGGAGGAGGAAGAUGAGGAGGAGGAGGAAGACGAGGAGGAAGAGGAAGAGGCGGAGCGCAUAGAGAGGGUGUUCCGGCGGCGCGAGCUGCCAUACGUGAUAGAAGCACCGCAGCAGCUGAAGGACCUGCAGCGGCUGCUAGAGGGGCGCGCAGCAGCGGAGGUGGGGGUGGCGAUCGCGCGCAUCCGCGCGUGCAACGCCGCGCACCUGUCCCCGGACAACAAGCGCAAGAUGCAGAUCUUCUAUAACGUGCUCCUGCAGUACUUCGCGUCUCUGGCUAGUGAUAGUGGCGGCGGUGGUGUGUCUCAGCGGGUGGAGGAGGAGCAGGACCAGCCGGGGAAGAAGCAGAAGCAGCAGCACGAGCAGCAGAGGCAGCAGGUGAAACAGGAAGCGGGGAAGAAGGCGGAGGAGGGGAAACAAGAAGGAAAAGCGCAGAAGCAGCAGCAGGGACAGCAGGAGGGGUUGGAGGAGGAGGAGGCGACGAGUGAGUUGCAAAGGAGGGCGCCAUCAGUGGCAGCGGCGCACAUCAACGCGUUGGUGCAGCCGCUGGUGGAGCUCUCCGCGUCCUUCCCUCUCUUUGCUGCUGUCUGCGCCCGCGAGAGGCUUGCCCGCAUGCAGAAACGACUGGUGGCGCGCCUCAAGGCCGGAGAGCCAGCAUGGCCCACGGCGCGCACCCUUCUCUUGCUGCGCCUGUGGGCGCUCAUCUUCCCCUCGUCCGAUUUCCGUCAUCCCGUCAUGACGCCCGUCUCACUGCUGCUCGGCCAGUUCCUCUCCUGCUGCCCCGUGCGCUCGACCAAGGACGUCGCUGCGGGGCUGUUCAUAUCUGCACUGCUGCUCAAUAUGGUGUCGCAGAGCCGUCGCUUCGUCCCAGAGGCGCUCAACUUCCUGCACGCGCUGCUGUGGAGCGCUGUUGCCCCUGCCCUCAAACCCGUCAAGCCCAAGGGAGUGCCGCGCUACAUGCUGCUGCAGGUGUGCUCGCAGCAGUGGCUGUGGGCGCCGUGUGGUGACGGCAGCAACCACCGCAAGCGCAAGCGCGAGCCGCUGGAGGACCAACCCCAGGCGCUCGACUUCGACCGCAUCUUCCUCGGACCUUCCAGCACCGCUCCGAAUACCGCCAGCACCGCUGAGACUACCCCCAGCACCACUGCUAACCCCUUUGUUUCUAAGGCUUCGCCCUCCGCUUCUCCUGCUGCUCCUCCCACCGUGCUGGGGGUGGAAGGCAGUGCAGCAGGGACCGUGGCGGAGGCUUACUUUGGAUCCGACGUCUUCAGGUGGGUUCAGGUGGUUUCAGGUGGGUUCAGGUGGUUUCAGGCUGAGCCUGCUUUUAGCAGUGCUCAAGACGCUUCCCUCCUUCGCCCUGCUCUACCUGCCCAUGUGCUGCACUUUUGUUUCGCUCAUCCUUACUUCUCCCAUCCUCUUUCCACCCACACCCCCAGGCUGAGUCUGCUGCUGGCAGUGCUCAAGACCCUCCGCUCCUUUGCGCUGCUCUACCGCCCCAUGCAGCCCUUCCCCGAGAUUUUCGCGCCCUUCCUCCCCACCCUCGCCGCCCUUGCGGAGUCCGGGCAGCUGCCCGAAGAAAUCGAGCAGGAGCGGGCAGCGUGGGUGAAGGAUAUCGAGGGGGCGGUGGCGGAGGUGGAAGGUUCCAGGCAACCGCUGCGGCUGAGGGUGAAACGAGCUGUACCUGCGAAGCAGUUCAACCCGAAAUUCGAAUCUGAUUUCGCCCGCGGCAAGGACUACGAUCCCAACAGGGAGCGAGCGGAGCAGCGGCGGCUGCAGCGGGCGAUCAAGCGCGAAUCAAGAGGCGCAGCAAGAGAGCUGCGCAAGGACAACCAGUUCCUCGCUGCUGCGCGCGCUAAUGAGGCUGCAAAUGCGUUGGAGGAGCGGCGGGAGAAGAACCAGCGGGCCAUGGCGUUUAUGGAGCAGCAGGCGCACCUCAUGUGGUCGGGGCAGCUGGGAAGGAAGCGGGGCGGCAUGAGCAGCGGGAAGGCUGGGAAGGAAGAGGGGUGGCAUGAGCAGCGGGAAGGGCAGGCGUUAGGAGGCAAGGGGAGGAAGGUGAGGGAGGGGGAUUCGAGAGCAGCUGCAGCAGAGGAGAGGCGGGAGAAGGAAGAGCAGCGGGAAGGGCAGGCGUUAGGGGCAUCAGGAGGAAUGCGUGGGAAGGGGAUUCGAGGGAAGCAGAUACUGCUGAGGGGGGCGGGAGAAGAACCAGCGGGCCAUGGCGUUCAUGGAGCAGCAGGCGCACCUCAUGUGGUCGGGGCAGCUGGGGCGGAAGAGGGGCGGGCAGGCGUUAGGAGGCAAGGGGAGGAAGGUGAGGUGAGAGAAGAAGAUUCAAUGGCAGCUGCAGCAGAGGAGAGGCGGGAGAAGAACCAGCGGGCCAUGGCGUUUAUGGAGCAGCAGGCGCACCUCAUGUGGUCGGGGCAGCUGGGGCGGAAGAGGGGCGGCAUGAGCAGCGGGAAGGGUAGACGUUAG